UUGCACACAAUAAAAAUGCAAUAGCUUUUAUAAAGCAGUACAAUUUCAAUAUCAAUACUACAGAGGAACACUUCUCGUGGUAGUAUCUGUAAUAAUGGCGACUAAACACUACCUAGUUUUUCUGCUAUUAGACUAUAUCUUCACUAUCGGGCAGACUAUUCAAAUAGUGCCAACUGUUUUGGUUCAUGGUGGAGCUGGGAAAAUUGCCGAGGAUGCUAUACCGGCUAAAUUAGGUGGGGUCAAAAUGGCAGCCCAUAUUGGCUAUGAAACAUUGCUAUCUACUGGGGAUGUAGUUUCAGCCGUGGAGGAGGCUGUCCGUUCGAUGGAAGCAAAUGGCGCCUUCAAUGCUGGCUAUGGCAGUGUUCUUAAUUGGGAAGGGAAUAUACAAAUGGACGCCGCGAUUAUGAAUGGAUCCGAUUUGAAUGCCGGUUGCGUUUCCUUGAUAACCGACAUAUUACAUCCAAUUUCUCUAGCUCGUUGUGUUAUGGAAAAGACUCGUCAUACAUAUUUAGCAGGAUAUGAUGCCAUGAUUUUUGCUGCAGAAAGUAAUUUUACCUUAUUACCAGAAGGCGCAUUGAUAACGAAUGAAUCUAAACAAGCUUUAGAAGAUUACAAAAACAGCAUAAAUGGAGGAAUAACCGAGUUUGAUGGAAUUUCAAUUGAAAAUGAAUUAACGGAAACUUUCGGCUCGCCGGGAACAGUUGGGGCUGUAGCAAUUGAUGCAAAUGGCAAUGUAGCUGCGGCAACGUCGACGGGUGGUCUUACAGGGAAAAUGCCUGGUCGCAUUGGUGAUUCACCUAUACUGGGAGGUGGUACGUAUGCUGAUAACGCUGCUGGUAGUGUCUCAGCCACCGGACAUGGCGAAUCUAUUAUGCGUUUUAAUGUGGCUUCUCGGAUAUUGGCUUUAGUAAAAUACAAAGGACUAACGGCUCCAGAGGCUACUUCAAAAGUAUUAGACGAAAUGAGAGAACGUUUCAAUCAAACAGCCGGUGUUAUCAGCAUAGAUCAUCAAGGUAAUUUGGGCAUUUACUUUACCUCGCAACAUAUGCCGUGGGCUUAUCAAUCAAACAAUGGAUUGCAUUACGGUGUCACUAAGAAUAUCAUCACAAUGGAAGAAAUUGAAGUCAAUUAAUGUAAACUCUUCAUACAUAUGUUUACUAAAGAUUAAGAUUUGAAGAUUUCUUUUUUCUUUUUUUUCCUUCUGCCUUUUGUGAAGUGCAACAUAUAUCAGAAAUCAUGGUCAAUUUCCAAAAUGCGGUCCAACACUUCAUUAUAAUAAGCAUUCUUCUUAAUAUAAUAUAUUAUAUCAAGACAA